AUGGAUGAUGAUGCCGAAACAUAUAAACUUUGGAGAAUCCGUAAAACAGUCAUGCAGUUAUGUCAUGACCGUGGUUACCUAGUUACACAAGAUGAAUUGGAUCAAACUUUAGACCAAUUUAAAGAACAAUUUGGUGACAAACCUAGUGAGAAGCGGCCAGCUAGAGGUGACUUGAUAGUGUUAGUAGCUCAUAAUGAUGAUCCAACAGACCAGAUGUUUGUGUUUUUCCCUGAUGAAGCUAAAAUUGGUAUUAAAACUAUCAAAACAUAUUGUACGAGAAUGCAAGAAGAAAAUAUUCAUAGAGCUAUUGUUGUUGUUCAAGCAGGUAUGACUCCAUCAGCAAAGCAGUCUUUGGUUGAUAUGGCUCCAAAGUAUAUUUUAGAACAAUUUUUGGAAUCAGAAUUAUUAAUCAACAUAACUGAGCAUGAAUUGGUCCCAGAACACAUUGUAUUGACACCCGAUGAGAAGCAAGAACUGUUAGCGAGAUAUAAAUUGAAAGAAAACAUGUUGAUGAGAAUACAGGCAGGAGAUCCGGUUGCGAGGUACUUUGGACUUAAACGAGGACAGGUGGUUAAAAUUAUAAGAUCAUCAGAAACAGCAGGAAGAUACAUUUCAUAUAGAUUAGUUUGU